AAUGAUAAUAAAACUAUGAUACUAACCAGUGCAGAGAGGAACGACUCUGGAACAUACACUUUAGACAUCUAUGAUGUAGACGGGAGAAAUAAAAGCAGUUCUACUCUCCAGGUGAACAUUGAAGCCAGGGUGUCCUCAGUGGAAUUGUCCUACAGCUGCUUGUUCUCUGAGGUCAGGAAAGUGUACUGUUCUGCUGAUGGAGACAACCUCCGCUUCAGCUGGACUUCUGAUUCAAUCACUCGAUUGGAGGACGACAACAAAACUCUUGUACUGGAUAAAAAGCAUAAUGACAAAGUCACCUGUCAUGUCGAAAAUCACGUCAGUCAGAGCCAAAAUUCCACUGAACUCCCAGAAUGUGCCGAUCUCACUUUGCCUAUCCUGAUCUCGGUUUGUGUGAUCCUCAUUGUGCUAGCUGUCUUAGCAUUCUGCAUCUACAAGAAGAGACAAGACCUAAUGAACAAAGAAGCCUCUUCUCAGGACAACAAGGAGCUUGUGUAUGCAGAGGUCACCCAUUCAGCCACGAACAGGACAGAGACAAGACCCACCCCAGUGCAGUACGAGGGUGUGGAGUACGGCACAGUGGUCACUUCCAACCAGAAGAAGAAAGAGGACGAGGUGCAGUACGGAGAGCUGGUGUUUAACACUCCUGCACAAAAGAAGAGCAAAGUGUCCAAAGUACAGGAAGAGUGUGUGUACUCAGGGGUCCAGCACAGUCAGUGAGUGUCACAAUCUCAGUCUGUUUCAGGAUGAAGCAUUAACAUAGAUUUUUUUGUUUCUUUCCUUUGUACAGAGCUUUGUUGCUCUGAUCAUCCUGGUAGAGGAAGUUGAUGACAUUUCAACCAUACAAACUAAACUCCACUUACAGUGAAACUAUUUCAGUAUCUGGUUAUGCAAUUGCUGAUUUUUUUCAGGCAGAACAGCAGCACAAUGGUUUGUCCGUCUUGCUUUCUAGAACUCAGGUAACUGUUUGUGUGGAGUUUUACAUGUGCUCACUGCAUCCAUGUGGUUUCCUCUGACCUCCCAAAACAUACCAGUUGGUGUACUGGCUAUACUAAAUUUCCCUGUGUGUGUGUGUGUGUGUGUGUGUGCGUGCGUGUGUGUGUGUGUGUGUGUGUGUGUGUGUGUGUGUGUGUGUGCAUGUGUGUGUGUGUGUGUGAGAAAGAGAGAUGCAUUACAGAGGACUGUUAUAGACUCUGCAUAUAGACUAUAGAUAGUUUUUCCACAAUGAAACAGUGUUCAUAGUUAGUUAUUUAUUUUAAUGAAAAACACUCAUCACUGAUUCUGUACUCACAGCACAAAAAGAUAUCUUAACAAAUAUCUUUAUUCUUGUUUAGAAAUAAAAGCUUAUAUAUAAGUUUUGCUGUUGUUUUUUCUUGUUUUCAUGCUUGUGUCAUCACCAUGGUCCUUAAUCAUAAGUAAGGCUUUUGGGACUCGAUUAAAAAAUUGUUUCAUGAUUGUAGAGAAAAUAAAAAGGAAGUUUCUUGUUGCAGUUUUAAGUGUUAACCCACAAAGCUGCAGCUUCCUAAGCAGAUCACACACUGUUUGAGUUGCUCAAUUUUUUUUCAAACCAUAAAAUCUAUAUUAAGCCUAUAUUAAUAAAGUCUAUAUUUUAUUAAAAAAAAAGAUUAUGUGAGUGAAAUAAAUGAUCAAAAUGUCUAAUAUUGUUCAGCUGUAAAUAGACUUUCAGUUUAUAUGAUGGCUAAAACUUUCAGUGGUGUUGAUUUAAAUGUCUGUGGCUUGUAUUUUGUCAGGAGUUAUAGGGACAGUUCCUUUCCAGACCUCUAGGGGUCCUGACAAGUGGUUUAUUUAUUAUUGUUAUUCCUAUGUUGGUGGUGCCACGCCCUUUCCUCAUGUGUUUUCUCGAUUUCUCACCUGUCCCUUGUUUUCCCUUGAUGUGCUGCUUUAUAUAUGUUUGUCCUUCUGUCUUGGUCAGUGUCAGUCAUUAUGUUUAUAUAUGUGUGGACGUAACGGUGUGUGUGUGCUGUAAGGCCGGACGCUGUGUUAUUUAAGUUUUUAUGUUAUUGUCAUGUUUUGUUGAGGUUAUUUAAGUUUCCAUGUCAUAGUUCUGGUUUAUUUCUGUUAAUGUUAAUGUAGUUGUAUUUUGUUUUGUUAAAUGAAAGCAGUGCAUGUACUGGAGCCCUGUGUUUGGGUCUGAUCUGCUACUGUGGGUGAUCAAGCUUAUGGUGGAGAUCCGGGUUUGAUCCCCGCCAUCGGCGGUGUCCGCCCCAUUCAUUACUGAUUUAUUAAAAUUAUGUUUUUAAAAAUAUAAGUAUAUUUUAUUCCUGAUAUUCUGUAUUAUCUAUCACUAUAAGACCUCAGCACAUUUCCUUUUUGUUUUCUGUGAAAUGAUACCAGAAAAGGAAUUUGUUCAGUUAGACUGUGUUUAUGAGUGUGUGUGAUAUCGUGCCUUAAGAGUUAACGCCUGAGGUUUUACACCACUGUUAACUCAGGGGCAGAAACUUUAUUUCUGCAGGCGACUGGCUGAUCAGUCCGCAAAGUCAUGAGUUUUUUUUUUGUUUGUUUGUUUGUUUGUUUUUUAAACCUAUAAAUAUAGAUUUCAAAAUUGCGUUAUAAUGUAAUAAUUAAUGGAAAUCAUAUUUCUGUAAUAUUUCUGUAAGAAAAUAAUAAAGUCUUCUAGCUUACAUGCCA